AAACCAAACAAACAGUAACAAUAGAGGGGUCAUAUUUACAAAAGAACGGGGGACAAAGUGAGUGAGAAAAUGAAAGACCAUAAGCUACACCACUGAAUUCACUUGUCCCUUUGUGCCAAAUAGCUCUUCUUAUCACCUGGCCCCUCUUUUAAGUUUGUGAUUGCUCAAAUCCAUUUUUGUUCUAUUAACUGUAUUAUUGUUUCUCCUCCAUUUUGUACAAUCUCUUCAUUCUUUUUACCUCUAUUUUCUCUGCCAACACUUCUUGGGAUUUCUGAACGCUCAUAAUCCGAGGUUUUGGUCAUUCUCUUUUCAGGGAUUUUCCUCUAGUUAUUUUCUUUCUUCAUCUUUUGCAUCAUUCCCUUUUUUUAAUUACUUCCAUCAGUGUACUACUACCACUACUACUAGUAGAAUAGACUUUGGUGAAAAGAAUGUGUUUUGGUGAAAAGAAUGUGUUUUUCACUUUUCUUUUGAGCAUGAUGGUUAUGGGGUUGAGUUUUCAUUCACUUCUUGAUCAACUUUACUCAAUUAUUCUCACUUCUUGGUGUUAAGUGUUCCAAAAUUCCUCUGUUUUUUGCACUCUUUGAAGGAAAGAAUCCAAUGGGAUGCUAUCAGCAUUUCAUCUUUUGCCAUAGGAAUCUACAGACUAUCAUCUUUUUGCUACUUCUAUUCAUUUCAGGCUUGACACAUGUAAAAUUAACAGCUGAAGGUAGGAGAAUUCUCAAGCUGCAAACUGGAACAAUUACUCAGAGGAACAAUGAAGAGAAGAUGUUCAAGAUGAGAUCUUUAAUAGGAUCAAGGCCACCAAGAUGUGAAGGAAGAUGCAGAAAUUGUGGUCCAUGUGAAGCAGUUCAAGUCCCAAUUGUGCCAAACCUUGAAUCAAGAAGCCAUCAUUUGAAUGCAAUUCCAAAAUUCUUCUUAGCAUAUUCAAGAGGUGAUGACAUAUCCAAUUAUAAGCCUAUGUGUUGGAAGUGUAAAUGUGGAAACUUUUUCUUCAAUCCUUGACAAAGGAAGGAAGAAAAAAGAUCUUUUUUUGUAUGGAGAAAAUAAGUUUCUUCAACUGUCCAUAUACAUAAACAUCAGGUUUAUUAGCUGGCUUUUGUAGGUUUGGAGAACCAAGAAUGGUGAUAAUGCAUAUUUUGUAUAUCUUAA